GGUCUAGAAGAUAUUAACAAGCAUGAAAGGGAGUAAAGUUUUGUAAAUCCUUUAACAAGUGAAUGGAAAGUCUGCCUGAUAUCUAUGCUCUAACAGGAUUGCAAAUUGGGGAUAUACAAUCAUAUGUUUCACGGGCCUUCUUAUAUUUUGCUCCUUUAAGUAAAAGACUUCUAAUUUUGGUCGAUAACCGGCCAUGGCUGAUGAACAAGCAGUCCAGAUCAACAAAGCUAUGGCAACUAAUGGUGACAAAGUAUAGGAUUUCUCCUUUUACAAACACCAGGGUACUUCAGAAAGAUUCAAAAACGGGAAGUAAAUAUGUGAAGGAUGGUGGUCAUCAAUCCAACCAUGACAAAUCCAAGAGGUCCUAUCGAUGGCUUCCUUCCAUCAAUUCUGCAAAAUGGCAAGAGAGGUAUCUUUUUCCAGUGAUGGACUUAAGCAAAGCCCUUCAAGGGUUUCUUGUGUUUGAAGUGAUAUGGAAAGAUGUGCAUGGCAUCAACUAUCUAAAUGAACUUCAGGCUGAUACAUCUCUAGCUCUAGAAGUAAGAUCCAUGACGAAAUGGGAAUUUUUUAGUCCUGAACAAGCCUCAAGCUGUAUAUCUUUAUGGUUCUCAGGUCGAAUAUCAGAAACCCAAUCACUCAAGAUUUAUUUAAGGAAGUUAUCUGAUUUAGAUGUUCAACAUUGGAAUCCUCACUCUUUUUCGAGAGAUAUGUUGCAACAAAAAGCAUUUCCUUUAGAGGUUCUCCUUGAAGAUGAAUUCCUAGAUGUACAAGAACCUCCCUCAGGGACAAAUGGCACGGUUAAUAAUAUGCAACCUUGCAAUAAAGAAAACAGCCAGUAUGAGGAUACAUGUGAUUUUUAUCAUGACUCUGUUAAUACACUAGUCAUGUCGGAAGAAAAGAAAUCACUAAAGAGGAUAGAAAUGGAGGAGGAACCAUUUAUUGCACCCACUCAAUAUGCAGACACACUGAUCUUAUUUAAGUCUAGUGACAGUCUUUUGCCAUUCAAACUAAGGAAAAUAAUCAUGUCCGACAUUAGGCUUCUCACUCUGCUCGAGUCUGGACUUCCUUCUUGGGUUAUAUUCUUCCAAUCAUAUCCUUUAUUUUGCCAUUUUUAUCGUCCAUGGAUGCGACCCUUAGCAAGGACUCUUUACAUCUUGAUAUCAUUAGUGACAGUCAUGAUUGGCUUCUAUGAUUUGUAUAAGAAUGUACCACUUUUGAAAGCAGCUGCAGCCCGCCUUUGUGGUCCACUAUUUAGUUGGAUAGAAGAGUGGGAUAUGGUUACAAGGAUACAGUAUCUUGGAACAAUGUUGUUUCUCCAAAACUUGCGUAAGAGUUUUAAAUGGUUGUUGGUGAUGUCACGGGCAAUCAAAGCAAUAUUCACAACGAUCUCGCAACCAUUCAUUGGACCGUUUUCAUCUUUAUGGAAUGCAUGUGCCAAGAUGAAAGAGCUAUUUUCUUCAAGAAUAUGGUUCAUGAUCGAAUCCAUGUACGGUCUGGUCAUCGACAUCAUUGAGGUUUUGCUAUGGCCAUUCGAAUUUUUCUAUUCAUAUAUUUGGAGUACAGCAACAUUAGUUUAUCCAUUGGUGUGUUCCAUCUGGAAGUUAGUUCUUGCUCCGAUAAAAUGUGCGCUUAUGUUGGCAAACUUGAUGGGUUCUUUGCUAUCCAAUAGUUAUGCUUUAGUUCAAGAUGUUUGGGAGACCAUUAGUAGCAUUUUUCAGUUUACAUAUUUGUCGGAGACACAUCAAGCGUCGUAUGAUGUCUCAGUUUUGGAGGGUCUUUGGAAUGAUCUCUUUUCACAGGUUUUUCGAGCUGUUCGUAGCAUUAUCAAAGGUUUAUCGACAUUCUUUAUUGCUUGCAACCGACACAGGCUAAGCAUACACAAUCACCUUCGAGCAUUCAUCCAACAUGUAGUUCGUCAUACCCAUUUGGCACCUAAGACAUGUCAAUGUCAACAAACACUUCAAAGAGAUCAUCAACAUGAGGAAGAUUGUCAAGAAUGCGAUCGUUGCAAGUGAAUGAUCUGCUGCAUUGGCUCAUUGAAUUUGGCAGCUGUGGAUUAUAUGUAGAAGCUUGGGCUAUUUUCCACACCAGCUUCAUGUAUAAUGCUUAAAAUGUAUGCACGCUUGUGCAUUUAUAAGUAGCUACUAGAUAUGAAUGUUCACACUUGAAUUACUUGUACUAUAAUGUAGUUUAAAUGAUAUACACACUAAGCAUACUAAUGUAGAUAUUUUGUUAGGGUAAGCAGAUACAAUGCAUUAGGAGAAAAGAAAUAUGCUUCAUUUUUUUUUAA